AUGGAUCCUUAUUCGCUGAGUGUGGAGCGCGAGGCAUCGAAGAACAUCGAGGAGAACGAGAGAGAACGUUUCAAAGACGCGAUCGUAUCGAGCAGAAGUCUGAACAAAGGCUUCGUCGAGCCUACUACCAUUAAAAAUGCCAUACACGAGAUCGCUUCCUGCAUCAUUGCCGCGUCUUUCCAUAUAUCGGUAGGACUAGCCAUGGCUUAUUCGGCUAUUUUGAUUCCCCACCUUGAGGCCGAGGACGCGGAAUUGCACGCAACGCGAGAACAGACUUCCUGGAUCGCCAGCGUGGUGGUAGUCAGCACACCUUUGGGUGCCUUGUUAGGAGGAUUUCUAAUGGAGACGGUGGGAAGAUUGCGGACCCUUCAAUUCGGCUCCGUGCCCUUCAUCGCAGGCUGGAUUCUCAUAGCGCUGUCGACCAAUAUCCCGAUGAUUUUAGUCGGUCGAUUGUUGUCCGGGCUAGCCACGGCUCUGGCAACUUCGCCGGCUAUCGUCUACAUCACCGAAGUCGCAAGACCAGAACUCAGAGGAUCGAUGAUAUCUUUCGGUCCAACUUUGGCCUCGUUUGGCAUGGUCCUUUCGUACUUGAAGGGUGCAUACAUUCAUUGGAGACUGGUGGCCUGGCUGGGCAUAAUCUACGCCGUCGUGCCAAUCAUUUUGGUGCAACUGUUCGUCCCGGAAUCGCCUGUAUGGCUCGUCUCUAAGGGACGAUUGGAGGAUGCGAAGAAAUCAUUGGAAUGGCUGUACAAGCACGAGGCGAAGCAGGGCAAGGUGUCCGCCGCGGAGGCGCAGUUCAAUACGAUCGUGAAGGAGAACGAGAUUAAAUUGAGCGAACAAAGAAAGAGCAAACACGGCGGUGUCUCCACUAAACUCAGGGGAUUCUUGAAGCCCACAGGAUGGAAACCGCUAACGAUACUCUUCCUCUUCUUCUCCUUCCAACAGUUUUCCGGCAUCUAUAUCACUCUCUUCUACGCUGUCACCUGGUUCCAAGAAGUCGGUUCCGGCGUGGACGCGUACAUAGCCUCGAUUCUAGUUGGUGUAACUCGUUUCCUGUGUUCGAUGGUGAAUACUUGGCUGCUAAGGCGGUACAAGAGGCGGCUCCUCUGUAUAAUCUCGUCUUUGGGAAUGGCCUUUUGCAUGACCGUUUCCGGUUACUACACCUAUCUUAUUAAGAACGGCGAUCGUUCUGGAUACUGGGUUCCUGUUGUAUGUCUGUUACUUUACGUUUGCACGUCUAUGGUCGGUAUGUUGACUAUUCCUUGGACCAUGACGGCCGAAUUAUUCCCUACCGACAUCCGAGGAAUCGCACAUUCCAUCAGUUAUUCCAUAGCCAACUUGCUAAUGUUCGCUGCUCUGCAAAGUUACAGAAGCUUACAAAGCUUCCUUGGUGGAUCCCAUGCCGUGCAGUGGUUCUUCGCUGGUGUUUCCAUAACGGCCGUGGUGUUCGUGUGGCUAUUGCUUCCGGAGACUCACGGCAAGAAGCUUUCGGAGAUCGAGGAGUACUUCGAGAAUCAUUUCCUAGCAGUGGGUGCCGAGGCGAAAACGAAGAAACGGCGGGCACAGAGAAAGCAACAGCGUAUGGACAGAUCCGCCACGGAACCGUUGAACCCGAAAACCAUACAAAACGUGUAGAUGCUUUCUCUUCCAUGUGGCUAGGGGGGUUCGUGGCGAGGAAGAGUUCUUAGCUGUAUGUACAUAUAACGUUUCUUCUAUACAUGACACACGGAUUACCGGAUUUUUACUUAAAGUUGUUACCUCUGUAAAACACGAAGCGCGAGGAUACGCGAGAUCAGAUUUUUGCGAAAGCGAAGCUACUUCGAUAUCGUUGAGGUCAAGAUCGAAGAUAGAGCACUUUGCAGAGCCGAGACAGGAAGACAAAGAGAGAGAGAGAGAGAGAGUAUAAAUAUAUUACGAAGCUGCGUAGUUUCAUAAUCGAGUGUUUCGCGGCGAAUUAAUUGAGGGCAGAACAUAGAUUAGAGGAAAGGAGCCGUAUGACGAGAGAAUGGAAGAGAGAACAGAUAUAUUUCGAGGCUAGACGAAACACGGCCAACGGUCUCGGAAACGUUUCGCCCAUCGACCAGGAUAAUAUAUAGGGUGGACGAAUAGCCUCGCUUGUUGCUAAUUCCAGGAAAAUUUGUUAACGUAUAUUUGUAGACUGAUAUAAUGGAUAAAUUUCUGCCAUCACUGGCCUACCGCCAGUUCCGCGAUAACAGAAUAACUUUUUUAAGAGGCAAACGAUAGUAUAAUACGUUACAUACGCGUGAAUUCGUGAUAUACAUAUAGACGUGUCUGUGUAUACAGGUAUAGAGACGAUGAGACGAUUGAUGAUAAUACGCACGGCAUGUACUUGCAACGCGAUAUUGCAGAAGCAGCCAGACGGGAAUUUUUUUACCAAAAAGCUCUAGCGAACGACUGUACGCGAGACUAUAAAACAGUAUUAUACGUUGAUCUGAUAUAGCCUCCCUUUUGCCUUUAUAAAAAUGUAUAUGAGGGUGGCCGUAGAAGAAGACGAUAAAAACAUCCUUCGUUCGGGAACAGAGGCCAAGUGCGCGGCCAACUUUAAUUUUUUCCUCGCGUCGCGCCGUAGAUCGUCUCGCGAAAUACCUUAUGAUCGUUUGCCGUUUCCAGGCAAUAGCAUAGCAUUCCCCUUUUGCAAACUAAUUGUUAACAACUUUGCUGUGAUUUACCGAUAUAGACAAGGACAAAGUCGCGCAACGAGAGGAAGCAGUAUCCUGUUUUGCCUAUGGAGCGUAUAGUUUCAAAUGCCAAUAUGUACAUACAUACAUAGUAUCGAAGCGCAGGCGCAGGCGCUGCGUUGUGUAAAUCAUUAACGCCGAACAAAUCUAUCGGUUUGUUCCAACUUACGGACUUGCUUUCUUUCCAAUGGCGCCCAUCUACUUAAACUAGAUACCUAAAUCUUACGAUCGUCCCUUUUUCUACGACAUUUUUCUCCCGUUUGAUAUUCAAGUUGAUAUACGCAUCACUUUUUUACCAUGCCUUUUUAUAAACUAUCUCUUCGUGUCUACCGAAUGGCCGAAAAUGGACCACUGAUCGAACGCGCACAAAACUACCUUUUUACCAGUUUAUUAAUCGUCGCCAGUUUACGGACAUUCUUAGUCGUUGACUAAUCGAACAUAAGCGUUUGUAUCGAAUGCGAUAGCCGCGAUCGGUGCACCCGCGGUGUAUCUCAAAGUAUCGGCUAUUCGAUACUUCGAUACUCGACAAAAGUCACGCGAAAUCCAUGUCCAAGCGUCGAUUGGUUUUUAGCGAAAUUCAGCUUGUCCGUAAAUUGUUGGAAAAGCGAAACUAUUACGAGCAAAGAUGCGACCAAAUCCUCCAUGAUUAUCGCCAUUAGUAGAAGGAAAAGUGAGGAGCAUAGUCUAUGAUCGAAAAGAAUGUGUUUAUCAAACGCCAAUUUCGCCUAAGAAGAUCUCUAAAAACAUAUACGUAUAUCGAAGUUUUUGGUUCGACAAGUGCCUUUCUUUUUUCUCUCCACUCUUUCAUUCGUUUUUUCGUAAUAUAAGUAUGCGUGAAUAUGCGAACAGAAUAGAAAUUUAUAAGAAUGUACUUUGUAUCCUUGUAUCUAUAUAGUACGCUUGUAUUCUUCGAUUGUACAUGUAUGUGUAAGUACAUAUGUACAUGUAUAUACCUACAUCUAUAUGGCGUAUAUACGUACCAUUGCAGAAUUUCAUAGAAUGUUUCUAAUAAAAUCAUAUUUUUCGAAACUGCUAAA